GAUCGGUGGGUUGGGCGAGAAGCAGAAUCGCCGCGGGAGCUGUGACCAGAUGUGAGACUGACGGUCCAUCACCUCGCCGACUUGAGCUGCACACACCUGAACCUCCAAAACCAGAAACGAACAGCAUCUGUCACAGGCUUUAGCUGCUGGAGUGGUUCAGAGGGCAGCGCUGGUGCGGGACCUGGCCCUUGUGGACAUCACACAUGGCUUCGAACAGCAUCUUUGACUCUUUCAGUAACUACCCCAUUUCACUCAGAGACCCGACCACCACCAGACGGUUUACGCCGCCCUCCGCGUCUUUCCAGUGCGGAAAGCUCGUCGGCAGCAGUGACGGCGGCGCGGGAGGCGCGAGCGGCAUGAACACAGCGGGUCCCCUGAGGUCACGGCAUGGGGACACGCGCUCCGUGGUGGACGUGCUGGCGGACCACGCCGGAGAGCUCGUGCGCACCGACAGCCCCAAUUUUCUCUGCUCCGUACUGCCUUCACACUGGCGCUGCAACAAGACUCUUCCCGUGGCCUUCAAGGUGGUGGCUCUCGGUGAUGUUCCGGACGGCACCCUGGUUACCGUCAUGGCAGGAAACGACGAAAAUUACUCGGCCGAGCUGAGGAACGCGUCCGCCGUCAUGAAGAACCAAGUGGCCCGUUUCAACGACCUGAGAUUUGUUGGAAGAAGCGGCAGAGGAAAGAGUUUCACUCUGACCAUCACCGUCUUCACGGGACCCCCCCAAGUAGCCACGUACCACCGCGCCAUCAAAGUCACAGUGGACGGCCCGCGAGAGCCUAGACGUCACCGAGUGAAGAUUGAGGACAGUCAGAAGAUGCAGUACACAGAUCGGCUGGAGAUGGAGAGGUAUCAGCGUGCCAGCCUGAGGAUGACCGCCGGUAACGGCACCACCCGACCCCCUCACCAGAGCCAUUACAGCUCUUCUACUGCCAGCCAGAUACCAGGUCUGUGGUCUGAGCAGAUCGAUGCUCCUCAGAUCAAACCCUGCAAAGUGGAGGAUGACAUCCGCUGGCCAAGUACGGAUUUGUUCCAGCAGCGCACCACGUUCCCGUCUCUGUCUCCCCUCACAGCGCCGCGGUUCUCCGACCCUCACAUGCACUACCCGGGCCCUUUCACCUACUCCACCAACCCACCCAGUGCGGGCAUCGGGGGUCUCAGUGUGACGGGUGUUCCUGCCUCCACCCGCUAUACCACCUACCUGCCUCCACCUUACCCCGGAAACCAGAACCAGAGCUCGCACUUCCAGACCAACUCGUCUCCCUACCACCUGUACUACGGCACCGGAUCAGGUUCCUACCAGUUCUCCAUGGUUCCUGCAGGUGGCACCGCCGGGAGCACGGUCGGAGAGCGAUCGCCCACUCGCAUGCUGACUUCCUGCACGGCAGCAAGCGGAGCUACGGGGUCAGGAGGCGGAGCUGGCGGCCUGAUCGGCGGCACCGACGGUGUGGAGGCCGAUGGCAGCCACAGCAACUCGCCGAGCGCCAUGAGCACACCGGGACGAAUGGACGAGUCCGUCUGGAGGCCUUACUGAGCUAAGAAAGAGCGUCAGAAGAGUUGCAUGUUUUCGGGUCGAGAUCGACGGCCACCAUUUUGAGUGGUUUUUCUCAGAGACGGUAUCGUUCAGUUGAUUAAAUGUUGUACAGCAUAUUUCACGAGUGCUUUAAGACGGAACUGAGCAGGAAAGCACAGACUCUGAAAGACUGAUGUUUAGUUUUAUUCUGUAACGAGAGCAGCUGGGCGGAGACGAGAGCAGGAGUUCAACGGCCAAGCGAGAGAAAAAAACAAAUGACACUUGAGGAAGUUCAGAGAAUCACCUUUCACCUUUGGCCAGGUCUAGUGAUUUAAACAAAGCCUGAGGACAUGCUGCAUUGGGCCAAAGUGAUUGAUCUGACUUUUAUUUAUGGCUGCAAUCAGCUUUUUUUACCUUUUUGACGGAACAGCAUCGAUGUUCAGCGUACAGAAUGAAUGAUGAUAUUUUUUGACGACAGUUUUCAUUUCUUCACCAAUCAUGAACAAUUUCUUUUUAUGAUUACAGUAAUUAUUAUUAUUAUUAUUUUUUUUUUUAAUUGUUUUUCUUUUCUUUUCUUCUUAUUUUUUUUUUCAAUUUCCAGCCAUUAUUUGUCUAAACUAAGUAAUAUGGUUUGGGUUUCUUUAAUUUAUUCGAGCCAGUUCUAUCAUUAUUCCUAAUGUUUCCAGGUAGAAAAAAAAAGCAUUUUCCUUUGUUUAUUUCGUCUAUUUUUUUUUUUUCAUUUCUAUGAUUUAAUAUAAGAUUGCAAGUCAUGCUACUGUAAUAUAUUAUUUCUAAAUUAUGAAACGAUUACCAAUUUUAAACGUAAUGUAUUUUUUUUUCCUAUGUAGCUCCAAUGCACUAAAACAGUCUAUUUAAAAAAAAUAAAGAAAAGAAAAAAAGAAAAGAAAACACCCAAAAUAAAAAAAGACGAGGAACGCUAUCCCUGAUAUGAAAAAAAAAAAAAAAAAAAGUCGCAAAAGGUCAAAUUUCAUGGUAAUAACUCAUAAUGGAAUAUACUGCAAAGGCACGAUGGCUCGCUUUUCUUUUGUUCCCCAAAGUGUUACAUUUUCUGAUGUCAUCCCAGCCUCGUAAAGAAUGAAGAACACACGUAGCUUUAAGCGCCUUCUUUAUCCCUCUUUCCUCGCAUCAAUGAGCCCACUGAAAUGGUAGAUGAUAACUACAUAUGAAACUGAUCGUCGCUCAUUAUUUCAAUGACAAAACCACACACAAGCUCGCACAUAGGAGCCGAAGUGGCCAGAAAUCCUCCCUCCCUUCCUUUCAGGUGUGUGUGUGUGUGUGUUGUGCACAAUAGGUCAUCAGCCAGAGGCCUUUCCCAGCCCCUCACACUCCACCACACCUGCUCUCCAUACCUAAAGGGAGAACGAGGACGAAAAGAGAGAGAGUGUGUGGCGAGUCAGAUCGUCUUUCAGCGACCGCCAGCCAUUCUUUAGACCGCCGGUUCUCCUAAUGCCGCCUUCUUUGUUUCGCUCCGCUCCAAAGCCACUUUGAAGCCUUUGUGAUGGCGCUCCGUCUCGUUUUCUUUUGUCGUUUGUACAUAAUUAACGUCCUGAGCCCGAGGCUGACACCGAGCGAGCGAGCGUGUGAGUGUGUAUAGCGACGUUCCUAUAGAACAGAGGAAGGAGAAAGGCUGUUCGUUCGCCAAAAAUAAAAGAUUUCAGUUCAGGCAACCUCUGCUAUAUGGAUGUCCUUUGUCUCUGGGAUUAUAGUGUUAAAAACGAUUUUUCCCAGAAUGCGAAUUUUGCUAAUGACAAUCCAGUCAGUUUGACUCAGGAAACAACUCUCACUCACACACACACACACACACACAAACUAUAUGCCUUAUAGCGCCAUAUUUGAUGUAUCGCCAAAGCCCAAAAUCGAAUUUCUUCCUAGUUGUAACCAUGUAGUGAAAACUCCAUCUGUCCAUUAAUCCAUCCAGUCUGUAGACUCGGCUUAGUGAAAAUGACCAAAGCUGUGUGUCCGAGGCAUUUUUCUUGUACUUUUCAUGGCUGGUGUGUUGACAUGCAUGGCCGAAGAGCUGAAGUAAAUUAAGACUAAUGGGUUGGAAUGGAGCCGUCAUGUUAUAUAUGUGUGUGUGUGUGUAUGUUGAGUGUAACACCGGAGAGCUCAGCGGCUCAUUUCCUAAAGAACAAGUAGUGUUUUUUUUCCAUUCACUGUAUAUUGUAAUUUUUUUGUCUCUGUACCAUGCUCUGCUAUAGUCUACCUUCAUUGUGUGCAAACAAUGUAGUUUUUAAUGCAUUUUAAUUAAAAAAAACAACAAGAACAACACCUCGCGUCUUGUGCUUG